AUUUAUUUAUUUAUUGAAAAAUUGCACUUCCUGUGUUUCUAACCUUUCCCUAAGCAAGCUUCUCAUUGUCCCAAUCUUUCUCUAAAUCUAAAUAGAAAUCUUUCUGUUCCCAACAACUGCCAGAGAAAUAAACCCUAAUUUUAGGUCUUUUUUACUUUUUAUUCUCCAGGCGCAACCUUGUGAGAGCUUUUGCUAGGGUUUUGCUCAGGGACCCAAUCUAGGGUUUUGAGCCCGUGGUGGUGGCAUGAAACUCAAAUUCCCCGCUUCGUUGAUUGUUUAGAGGAGAGUUGGAGCGAGACCAGGGCGAAGAUGAUUGCCGAGAAGCCCAAUUGGAUCAGGCAUGAGGGGCUGCAAAUCUUCUCCAUUGAUGUCCAGGCCGGCGGGCUUAGGUUCGCCACCGGCGGGGGCGAUCACAAGGUUCGCAUAUGGAACAUGAAAUCUGUGAACAUGGACGCAAAUAAUGACAGUUCAAAUCAAAGGCUCCUGGCAACCCUCCGCGAUCACUUUGGUUCUGUCAACUGUGUUAGAUGGGCUAAGCAUGGUAGAUAUCUUGCUUCAGGGUCUGAUGAUCAAGUGAUUUUCAUUCAUGAGAGAAAACCUGGGUCGGGCACGACUGAAUUUGGUAGUGGGGAGCCCCCAGAUGUAGAAAAUUGGAAAGUGAUAAUGACAUUAAGGGGUCACACUGCAGAUGUGGUGGAUCUCAACUGGUCUCCAGAUGACUUAAUACUAGCCAGUGGAAGUUUAGAUAAUACUGUUCACAUUUGGAACAUGACCAAUGGCAUUUGUACGGCAGUCUUGAGAGGCCAUUCCAGCUUGGUUAAGGGGGUUGCUUGGGAUCCUAUUGGUUCAUUUAUAGCGAGCCAGUCAGAUGACAAGACUGUGAUCAUUUGGCGCACAACGGACUGGAGUCUUGCGCACAGGACAGAAGGGCACUGGUCAAAAUCACUUGGGUCGACGUUUUUUAGACGACUUGGAUGGUCACCAUGUGGUCAUUUCAUCACCACCACUCAUGGCUUUCAGAAGCCCAGACACUCAGCUCCCGUCUUAGAAAGAGGAGAAUGGUCUGCCACUUUUGAUUUUUUAGGUCAUAAUGCACCUGUUAUUGUUGUAAAGUUUAACCACUCCAUGUUUCGGAAGAGUAAUUCAGCUGGCCAGGAGGCAAAUGUUGCACCAACUGGAUGGACGAAUGGCACCUCCAAAAAUUCAACUAAAGAAACACUACCAUAUAAUGUCAUUGCGAUUGGAAGUCAAGAUCGCACUAUAACUGUGUGGACUACAGCGAGUGCCCGCCCUCUCUUUGUUGCAAAACAUUUCUUCACUCAAAGCGUUGUUGAUUUAUCCUGGAGCCCUGAUGGGUAUGCACUUUUUGCCUGCUCCUUGGAUGGGACAGUGGCAACUUUCCAUUUUGAUGUGAAGGAGCUGGGACAACGCCUAAGUGAUGUUGAGUUGGAUGAGUUGAAGAGAAGUCGUUAUGGUGAUGUCAGGGGAAGGCAGGCAAACUUAGCUGAAAGCCCUGCACAAUUGCUGUUAGAAGCUGUUUCUGCUAAACAGUCAGCUAGCAAAAAAGGACUACCUGAUGCUCAGCAGAAUGAGAUUCCUGAAAAAGGUUCUGCUGAUGUAGUGAACCCAAUUGCCAGCCAGCCAAUUUCCAAGGCUUCCACAGCGCAAGUCGAAGAUGAUAAAAAGAUUGGUGGGGCAGGUAAUGAUGGUACAAAUAAAAUUGUACCAGCUCGCAUUUCUAGCCCUGUGAAACAGAGAGAAUAUAGGCGGCCUGAUGGACGGAAACGUAUAAUUCCAGAGGCAGUUGGAGUUCCUGCCCACGCAGAAAAUAUCUCUGAUCCAACCCAUGCUCAAGUUGUGGAUUUUUCUUCCUUAGCUCCGGAACAGCAGAAGGAUGAUCGAGGACUGUUUCUUGCUGAUAGUGGAAUAAGGGAAUCUUCACUUAAAAGACCAUUUAGUGAAAUUUCGGAUGUCAAUAACAUUGCUGGUAGGGGAAAUAACUACGGUUCUAAGGAGCGUUCUGGGGUUACUGGAAGAGUUAACAUCAUUGAAAGCCUUGUCAUUGAGAAGGCACCAGCCUUAACCAACACUGAUGGUAGGGUAAAUGUAGAGCAUGCAGGGCUAGUUGGCAUGCCAGGUUCUUUGACAUCUAGCAGUGUUCUUUCUAUUCGAAUAUUCGACAAGAAAAACAGUGAUGGUGGCCUACCGGUCUGCUUGGAAGCUAGACCAGUAGAGCGUUCUGUGAAUGAUAUAGUUGGCGUUAGAAAUACGUUUUUGACAAAAGAAACUGAAGUUAGAUGCACAAGGGGAACAGAGACUCUCUGGUCAGAUCGAAUAUCUGGAAAAGUAACUGUCAUGGCAGGAAACUCCAAUUUCUGGGCUGUUGGCUGUGAAGAUGGUUGCCUACAGGUUUAUACGAAGUGUGGAAGACGAGCUAUGCCAGCUAUGAUGAUGGGUUCAGCAGGAGUUUUUAUUGAUUGUGAUGAUUGCUGGAAGCUGCUUCUAGUUACCAAGAGAGGAUUAUUGUAUGUCUGGGAUCUUUUAAAAAGGUCAUGUAUUCUUCAUGACUCUUUAGCUUCUUUGGUAACUACAAGAGAAGAUUUAUCAGGGAAGGAUUCUGGCACAGUAAGAGUUAUAUCAGCAAGGUUCUCAAGAUCUGGGUCACCCCUAGUGGUUCUUGCAACUCGCCAUGCCUUUCUUUUCGAUAUGAGCCUCAUGUGCUGGCUGAGAAUAGCUGAUGAUUGCUUUCCAGCUUCAAAUUUUGCAAGCUCUUUUAGCUUAAGCUCUGUUCACAGUGGUGAAUUGGGCAGUCUGCAGGUUGACAUUGGGAAGUUCCUAGCUAGGAAACCAAGCUGGAGCAGGGUGACAGAUGAUGGUGUCCAGACGCGUGCUCAUUUGGAAGUACAGCUUGCAUCGUCAUUGGCUUUGAUGUCACCUAAUGAAUAUCGGCAGUGCCUUCUCUCUUACAUACGCUUUUUGGCAAGGGAAGCAGAUGAAUCUCGCUUGCGUGAAGUCUGUGAAAGCUUUCUUGGACCUCCUACUGGAAUGGCCCAAGCCUCAUCCUCUGAUUCAAAUAACUCGUCAUGGGACCCUUGUGUGCUUGGAAUGAAAAAACACAAACUCCUCAGGGAGGACAUUCUUCCAGCCAUGGCAUCAAACAGGAAAGUCCAAAGGUUGUUGAAUGAAUUCAGUAAUCUUCUAUCUGAAUAUGAAACCAUUGAUAUGAACACAGAUCAACCAGAUCCUUCCCCACCAACGAAAGACACAGUUUCAUGAAGUUAGGUUCAACUGUAGGAGGUGUGCAUUCAACAAAGAAGCUAAUACAAGUCCCAUUAAUCUAAUCUUACACAUGUUGAUCUCUGUACUAACCAUGUUAAUGAAUUGUUGGAUGACAUUUUCAAGUUUUAACAUAUUAGUUGGUGAAAGUUCUUGUCAGUCUUGAUGUCCAUUUUCUUCAUCUCUUAAAUAGCUGAUAUUCAGGAGAUUGAUUCAAAGAAUUUUGUGGUAGUUUCAACUUUGCUGUAGAAGUGCAGCAGUUCAUUUUGUGUAUGUUUGCAGGGGAUAUCAGAUAACCUCAAUUUCUGUUCCCUUUGUUUCGCU